AGAGCCAAACAAGGCCUUAAUCAGGGGUCUGUCGUUAUUAGCUCUACGGAGAGGCAAAAGAAGACACAGAUUGCUCACUGCCUCUUUUUUUUUUUCUCUCUUUUGGGUGCGGUAGAUUUUUUCAGAGAGAGAAAGUGAAGAAAAAGGAGAUUGUGGUUUUCGAGGCUGAAUCCAUCGGGCACUCCACUCGGACAAAAAAAAUGACUUCAUUGGAUGCAACAAGAGCAGAACUUGGUUUAUUAGUUUUGUAUCUGAACAAGGCUGAAUCCAGAGACAAGAUCUGCAGGGCAAUUCAAUAUGGUUCAAAAUUCAUAAGUAAUGGACAGCCUGGUACGGCCCAGAAUGUGGACAAAUCAACAAGCCUGGCCCGUAAAGUUUUCCGACUUCUUAAGUUUGUCAAUGAUCUGCAUGCUCUUAUUAGCCCUGUCCCGCAAGGAACUCCCCUUCCUCUUGUUUUAUUGGGAAAGUCAAAAAAUGCAUUGUUGUCUACUUUCUUAUUUCUCGAUCAAAUCGUCUGGCUUGGGAGAACUGGCAUCUAUAAGAACAAAGAACGUGCUGAGCUAAUUGGUCGUAUAUCUCUUUACUGUUGGAUGGGAUCCUCAGUCUGUACCACCUUGGUGGAGAUUGGAGAGAUUGGAAGGCUUUCUGCAUCAAUGAAGAAGCUAGAGAAGGAGCUUAAGAACGGUGAUAAAUAUCAAAAUGAGCAAUACCGGGCUAAACUUCAAAAAUCAAACGAGAGAUCACUGGCCUUGGUUAAGGCUGCCAUGGAUUUCGUAGUUGCAGUUGGGCUGCUUCAAUUGGCACCCAAGAAAGUUACCCCUCGUGUAACAGGAGCCUUUGGAUUUGUUAGCUCUUUAAUUUCCUGCUAUCAGUUACUUCCAUCACGGCCAAAAGCCAAGACCACAUGAAGAUACAAUUCUGCUCUGUUCUGUUGUUCAGGAAGUUAUAUGAGUUAAAAUAAUAAUUAUUUGAACAUUAUAAAUUCCGCUUUAGAGUAAUUAGCCACAUUCUAGGUGGAAGUAAAAGGUUUCUCACUAUUUAAAGCCAGUUUUAAAAUUCUGUUGUCACAGUUCACUCUGCUUAUUUGUAAUAGUAAUAAUAUAUUGGUGCAUUUCUGGUUUUCUA